AUGUCAGCUAGUACCGGAGUCGAGGGUGCAAGUACGGGCGCCGCGCCUCCGUGCGUUUGCCUCGUCUUGGCGGAGCCCGAGGCGGUGGAGCUCGCGGCGUGGGUGCGGGACGUUGUGGCGGCGGGGCUAACGCCGCCCCUGACGCAGGUGCUGCUGCGCGACGUCGGGGCGGCCUCCGGCGACGACCGCCGCUUUAGCUCCGCCGCGCAGCGGGCGUUGGAGGAGGUGACGGCAGACACCACCCGCCCUGACGGCGCCGCCGCGGCCAAAACGGCGAAGGUAGGCUGCCUCGUCAUUGCGGUCUUCUGGGACGGCCAGAGCGAGGCCGUCAAGGCCGACUUCACGCGGCUGCGACAACUCGCGGAGGCGAAAAAAGGCACCGACGCCAGUGGCAGGAGUGCGGGGAAUGGCGAGGGUGGCACGCGUCCAGGCAGACUGCACGCCACGGAGGUGCGGUUUGUUGUGCAGGCGCUCAGCGCCAAGAAGGGUGCACACACGCUGAAGGAAAACAGCGAGGCGCUGCUGAGUACGCUUCGCAAAAAACUGGCGGCCGAGAGCGUCGUGCGGCACGUCGACCCACAAAACAGUGGGGCUCCGGCCUCGGGCGUGGAGAAGCCUGGGAUGGUGUCUUUGGCGACGGCCCCGUCCUCAGGCGGAGCGAAGGGAGUUUUCAUGGGAAAGCGAGACCUGAGCGAGGAGGCCAUCGCGGCGAGUAUCACGGAGGGUCAAGGCGAAUGCUUUGUCCUCGUGGCCGGUCGCAGCAUGGAUGAGUUUCAGAAGCGUGUAGAACAGUUGCGGGCGUCUGCGAAGGCCCUUGGUGCCGGCUGUAUGCCGCUGGUGGAGGAGCCGCGUGGCGUGCAAGGCCCGUGCGACGGCAAAGCGAACAUUGACAGUAUUAGUAGUAUUAAUGGGGGCGGAGGUAGUGGAGUUGAGUGUGGGACUGGUAAUCGAAAGGCGAAGUUCAUUGCGCAGGAAUUUCUUCUGCGACAGAGUGAGUCGGAAACGCACAUUGAGUUGCGCCUUGCCAUGUGCGGGAAUGUGGAUAGCGGAAAAUCGACCCUGACGUCGGUGCUCACGCGCGGCUGCCGCGACGACGGACGAGGCUCCGCGCGCGCUUUUGUCUUUAAACACAAGCACGAGGCGGCCACGGGGCGUACCUCAAGCGUCAGUGAGAACCACCUCGGACUCUCGUCGACGGGGGAGGUGGUGAACUACGCCGUUGCCGCACUGAAGCGGUCGGGCGGGGGCGGGGGCGGGGGCGGGGGCGCAGUCUCCGCCUGGCAGCUGACGGAGGAGGUGGUGGCGCGGAGUGCCAAGGUCCUCACACUGUACGACCUCGCCGGUCACGAGCGGUACCUCAAGACGACGGUGCUCGGCAUGACGCGGAAUAUGCCCGACUACGCCUGUGUUGUGAUUAGCGCCAACAACGGCAUUCAGCGCAUGACAAAGGAACACAUCGCGCUCUGCCUCGCCCUCAAGGUCCCUUUUUUCGUGGUCGUCACUCGCAUUGACUCCACCCCUGAGAACGUGCGACAGGAGACGCUGGCGAGUAUUCAUAAGUUGCUUAAAAUUCCGACAGUGCGCAAGCUGCCGUACCCUGUACGCCGCGUCGAUGACAUCGUGCUCUCCGCUAAAAACCUGCAUGUGGACCGUAUUGUGCCUAUUUUUGAGGUGAGCAACGUGACGGGGGACGGGAUACAGUUUCUCGUCCGCUUUCUUAACCUUCUCCCCGUGCGAAAGGACUGGCGCAAGGCCCGGACGCUGCCCCGCGAAAUGGUGAUUGACAGCACUUUCUUCGUGAACGGCGUCGGCACGGUGGUUGGGGGUAUUGUGACGCAGGGGAUAUUUCACGUGAACGACGCGGUGCUGCUCGGCCCAGACUGCCACGGCGCGUACCGCACUGUGCACAUCAAGUCCAUUCACGUGAAGGGCAGAGAGCAGCAGCAGGCGGUGGCGGGUUGCGACGCCGCGUUUUGCCUCAAGAAGGAAAAACGUGCCGCGAUACGCAAAGGCAACAUUCUCGCCGACCCGCAGCACCCGAUUGCGGCGUACUGGCAGUUCGAGGCGGACGUCACGAUUCUCUACCACUCCACGACGAUAUUGGUGAACUACGAGCCCGUCAUUCACUCCACGACGGUGCGGCAGUCGGCCCGGAUUGUGUACGUGGCGCAGGAGGUCCUCCGCACUGGUGACCGGUCACUCGUGCGGUUUCACUUCCUCUACCGCCCGGAGUUCAUGAAGGUGGGGCAGCAGCUCAUCUUCCGCGAGGGGCGCACGAAGGGAAUUGGCACAGUGACAAAAGUCAUCGUUGAGCAGGUGGAGUCGAUUGUAUGGAAGAAGCGACGGCGGUAG